AUGGUUCGCGCGGUCCCGAUUUGGGCCAUCUGCCUUCUGCAGUUGAUCGGUAAGAGUGAACAGAGUCGUUGCGGCAGAACUGUUCUGAACUCUCCCCCUUUUCUGAACUCUCCCCCUUUUCUGGACUCUCCCCCUUUUCUGAACUCUCCCCCUUCUCUGAACUCUCCCCCUUUUCUGAACUCUCCCCCAAUCUGAACUCUUCCCUUUUCUGAACCUUCCCCCAAUCUGAACUCUUCCCUUAUCAGAACUCUCCCCCAAUCUGAACUCUCCCCCUUUUUGAAUACUCCCCUUUGAAUGAACCCUCCUCCUUUUUGAAUACUCGAGUGAAAAAGUGCACUCCCCCUAAUUUUGAAAAUUGAAAAAAUGAGGUGUGACAUGUUAUACGAUGAAAAGAUUUUUUCAAAUUGAAAAAAUGAGGUGUGACAUGUUAUACGAUGAAAAGUUUUUUUCAAAUUGAGAAAAAUGAGGUGUGACAUGUUAUACGAUGAAAACAUUUUUUCAAAUUGAGAAAAUGAGGUGUGACAUGUUAUACGAUGAAAAGAUUUUUUCAAAUUGAGAAAAUGAGCUGUGACAUGUUAUACGAUGAAAAGAUUUUUUCAAAUUGAGAAAAUGAGGUGUGACAUGUUAUACGAUGAAAAGAUUUUUUCAAAUUGAGAAAAUGAGGUGUGACAUGUUAUACGAUGAAAAGAUUUUUUCAAAUUGAGAAAAAUGAGGUGUGACAUGUUAUACGAUGAAAAGUUUUUUUUCAAAUUGAGAAAAAUGAGGUGUGACAUGUUAUACGAUGAAAAGUUUUUUUUUCAAAUUGAGAAAAAUGAGGUGUGGCAUGUUAUACGCUGGAAGUUUUUUUUCAAAUUGAAAAAUUAGGUGUGACAUGUUAUACGAUGAAAAGUGUUUUUUUCAAAUUGAGAAAAAUUAGGUGUGACAUGUUAUACGCUGGAAGUUCUUUUCAAAUUGAAAAAUUAGGUGUGACAUGUUAUAGGAUGAAAAGUUUUUUUCGAAUUGAGAAAGAUUAAGCGUGACAUGUUAUACGAUGAAAAGAUUUUUUCAAAUUGAAAAAAUGAGGUGUGACAUGUUAUACGAUGAAAAGUUUUUUUUCAAAUUGAGAAAAAUGAGGUGUGACAUGUUAUACGAUGAAAAGUUUUUUUCAAAUUGAAAAAAUGAGGUGUGACAUGUUAUACGAUGAAAAGUUUUUUUUCAAAUUGAGAAAAAUUAGGUGUGACAUGUUAUACGCUGGAAGUUUUUUUCAAAUUGAAAAAUUAGGUGUGACAUGUUAUAGGAUGAAAAGUUUUUUUCGAACUGAGAAAAAUGAAGUGUGACAUGUUAUACGAUGAAAAGAUUUUUUCAAAUUGAAAAAAUGAGGUGUGACAUGUUAUACGAUGAAGUUGUUUUUCAAAUUGAGAAAAAUGAGGUGUGACAUGCUAUACGCUGGAAUUUUUUUUUAAAUUGAAAAAUUAGUCUAGAUAUUAUUGAAGUGAGUACCAUGUAAAAUACUUUUUAAAUUUUGCGGCCCAGCCCCGGGCUUUGAUUUUCAGGACCGGGCUGGCCCGCCUUUAAAGAAAAUUCGGGGUUUUCGAGAAGCCUAAAAAGAAUAGCGAAUUUCGAGGAAAAUAACCCGAAAAAUUCGUGAAAGAUUACAUCAAAAAACCAAAAAAAAUGUGUUGUCUUCUUUUUCAAACAACAUUUUUCGUACAUUCUGUGCUUUUAUAAUAUAAUACAUAGUACAAAUUCAAAAAAAAAGUUAAAAAAAAUUUGUCCGAAAAACCUCGGAAAUCCACUUGAAGUUACAUCGACUUCAAAACUUGGACCACACGGCCAAAAAAAUCAAAUACGGAAAAAACAAUUUGCAUAAUUUGAAUUGCAGGGUUCGUAAAAACAGAUGACAACUUGGUCCGCCUUUAUCGAACGCUCCUCCGGAAUUACGAAAGUGAGGUCCGGCCGGCGCUAAACUACGUUCACCCGGUCAAUGUCACCUUUUCCUUUGCGUUAAUUCAGAUCAUUGAUGUGGUAAGUGAAAAAUUAAAAAAAAAAUUUUUUUUGGGACAAAAAAAUUUGAAAAAUUUAAAUUUUUUUUUGAAUAAAAUUUGAAAAAAUCGAAAAAUUAACACGAAUUUAAAUUAUUUUUUUCUAGGUUUUAGCUUGACGAAUCCACAUUACUUUCCCGACAGACUGAUAGUCAAUAAAACGCAUGAAAAAUCUUAUUUUUUCAGCCUUAUUUUUGCAUGAGAGAGCAACUUUUUGACUAAAAAACAGCUUUUUUAGCGCGAAAUUGGCAGAGAUACCGCCAAAAAGUGUCGUUCUCUCUGUUUCCACUCUCCGCAUUUCGUGUGCUCUCUCGGCCACAAAGAUCGUUGAAUAUCUCGGCCUGUUAUGCAAAGGGCGAGCUAAAAUUUCGAGGAAUUGAUAUGUGUUCUAGGCCCAAUAUUUGAACGAAAUUUAAGGAUCAUCAGAAAAUUUCACUUUGAGAAAUUCAAAAAAAAAAAAUAAAAAAAAAAAUAAAAAUUCGUUUUUUGUUGUAAAAUACGCCGUCUGCAACGCUUCCUAAUAAAUUUUCAUUUUUUUCAACUUCAGGACGAGCGAAAAGAAAUCAUGACCACGAACGCGUGGAUUCGACAGAGCUGGAUCGACUACAAAUUGAUUUGGAACCCGUUGGAGUUUGACAAUGUCACCACGAUUCACAUCCCCUUUGAUCGCAUCUGGAAGCCGGAUAUCAUGUGGGUUUAACAACAAAAUACUUUACAUUUACUUUUCUUUUAUUUAGACUGUACAACAACGCCGCUCCCGCAUAUGACAAGUCGGUGAUGUCGACGGAUGUGAUUGUCAGUUUCGAUGGGAACGUCUCGUGGACAAUGGCGGGGAUUUUUCAAUCCAGUUGUGGGUAGGUUAUCUAAUACGUGACAUACAGUGGCGGACCUGAUCCAGUGGCAAAAAAACGUACCAUUUUGCAUCCGGGAAGUAUCAAAAAAUGUAGCAAAAUGUCUCCUUCUCCAAUUAAAAAACUCCGUUUUGAAGACAUUUUCCCUCACAAAAAUACGGGCGAGUUUUUGAAAUCGAAGUUUUUCAUUUGGAAAGGGAGGUAUUUUGCUACAUUUUUUAUACUUCCCGGAUGCAAAAUGGUACGUUUUCUUUUUCUUUUUUUAGGUCCGUCGGGAAAAUAAUGAGCACUCUGUUGCAAUGAAAAUCGCAUCACCGCAGAGAAAAUGAAUUGUGUCGCGGAAAAGUCAAAUUGUUUUACACUUCAACGAUAUUGGCGCCGCGACAUUGCUUCAUUUUUUUCCCGACAGACUGAUAUUUGCUAUGCAAUUUUUUUAUCAGAACAAAAUAUACCCGUAUUUUACCCUCCACAUUUUUUUCAGAAUGGACGUCCGCUACUAUCCCUUCGACAGCCAAAGCUGCAUUCUCAAGUUCGCUUCUUGGGCCUACGAUGGGACCAAAAUCGAUAUUCUCCUCUCGUCGCAGCUCGGCGACGAAUCCAACUACAUGACCAGCACCGAAUGGCAUUUGAAGAGCAUUCGCGCGGAGAAGAACUCGAUCAUCUACAGCUGUUGUCCCGAGCCCUAUCCAUUCGUGGAUAUUUUCAUCACCAUCCAGCGCAGGCCCAUGUUUUAUGUGUUCAACCUGAUUUUGCCGUGCGUAAUGAUCAGCGGAAUCGCGUUGCUCGGGUUCUACAUGCCCUCCGGCGCUGGAGAGAAGGUUUCAUUGGGUAGGUGGAGGGAUUUGGGAGUAAUUGGGAUCAAUUUUUUAAUAGUAUCAAAAAAAUUCUGAGGACUGCAAAAGCCUUAAAAUUUGGCCUUUUUCAGAGAAAAAAUGGUCUAAUAUAGCGCCUUUUCAAAGUAAAAUCUUGCAAAAAUAAAUAUUUUUAUCAUCCUACAGCCUUGUAAUUACAAUUUCACAUCGAUUUCAAGGCUUGAAACAGAAUGCCAAAAUUGGCGGGAAAUUUGAAAUUAAAAAUUUUCACUGUAUUUUGAACUGAAAUCCGCCUAAAUUGUAGAUGGCCUUGAUUGAAACUUGUUUUUUUUCUAAUUUCGAAUAAUAUUUUUUCGUAUUUUAGGUAUUACCUCGCUUCUUUCGACAACUGUGUUCCUAAUGCUGGUAGCUGAGGGAAUGCCGCCAACUUCGGAUGCGCUUCCUCUGCUUGGGGUCUAUUAUGGAGCCACGAUCUUCAUUGUGUCGUUAGCUACCGCAAUGACUGUUCUGACGGUGAGUAAAAAAUUGACAAAUUUGAAUAUUCAAAUUUAAAAAUUUUUGAAUAUUUAGAUUUUUUAAUUUUAAAAUUUAAUAUUCAUUCCUAUUUUCUGUCAACGUAUUUUACCAAUUUUUUGUUAUAUAUUUUUUCAGAAGUUUGAAUAUUGAAAUUUCAAAAAUUUGCAUAUUCAAAUUUAUUCAAGUUUCGGAAAAUUACACCCUCAAAAAUUUGCAUACUCAAAUUUAUUCAAAUUUCGGAAAACUACACCCUCAAAAAUUUGCAUAUUCAAAUUUAUUCAAAUUUCGGAAAAUUACACCCUCAAAAAUUUGCAUAUUCAAAUUUAUUCAAAUUCCAGCUGAACGUUCACCAUCAAGGAACUACGGGUUGUGCGGUGCCAGCCGUCGUUCAACGGGUUGUAAUGGGAUACUUGGCCAAAAUGUUGCUGAUGAACCCCGGCUACUAUCACAGUAUCAAUGAGCAUGUCGACUAUUUCUAUUCAAAGGAGCAUGGGAAAGAUCGAGAGGAAAGGCUAUGCUCGUCAUGGCUAAUGAAGGGCUUCCAUGUCAAAAAAUCGGUCAGCCCGAGAGCAUCGGCGCCAGUGAUCACGCAACCUCCAAGGCAUAAGAAGGAGAACAAUGUAAGUCGAUAGGGAAUUUGGCUUAUGCGACGCUUAGAUUUUGAUGAAAAUUGACGCAAGUUUAGAAUAAGUCUCCCAGUUUGUCAUGCAAAACAAGCGUGUUAACCAAUAGAUAUGGGCGUGAAAAUCAAAGGCCUAGUGCUGAAAAACACGGAGAAUUUAACGGUAGAAAAAUUGGUUGGCUAAACCUAAACGUUUUCGUGGCAGGACCCACGAAAAAAGUCUCUAUUUUCUGUGCCACCUUGUACACUCCUAGCCUGCGCUUUGCAGAAACGACUCAGAUUUUUAGGACGAAAGUUGGCAAAAAUGCGACACUUUUUUGCGAAUUCUUGGCAUGAAAAGUUUCAUACGUAUUUCUAAUGUAGAGAGUAAUGUUUCCACAAAAAAUCAAUUUUUUCCGCACGAAACCAGCAAAGAUACGGCCAAAAAGGACUUUUCUCUGACCGCUCUCCGCGUUUCGCGUGCUCUCUCGGCCGCAAAGAUCGUUCAAUAUCUUGGCCGCCCCUGUAAAGCGGGAGCUGAAACUUUCAGCAAUUGAUACGUGGCCUAUGCCCGACAUGUCGGUAAUAUUUAAAGAAAAUCUGAGCGUCGCACUUGAGCUAUAUCCUUUUUUUAAAAUUUACAUUUUUUUGUAAUACACUACAAAAAAAACCCUUUCAGAUGGUGAAAAAACGCGUUUCCUGGUCCAACGACGCUCUACAACACGCCACAACUAACGGCGAUGUAAAUCAUGUGGAUGAGACCCUCUCCUAUAACGAAUCCGUUGAGCUCAACGGAAUCACAACUAAUGGAUCCGUCAAAACCGGAGCCGAUGAUACGAUACCAUUGGUUGAGAGGAUGCAAACAACCACUCUGACCACGACGACAACGAGUCUGGCGACACGCUACGUUUCGUUGAAACGCACGCGCAGCUUGGCCGAGCCGCACGGCCACACAGCUUCGACGGAGGACAUGUUCGAGGACGAAUUUCUACGGGUUUUGGCACGGGUUCAUGGGACGAUUGAACGGUAAGAAUUUUUGUAGAGUUAACAGAGGAGUGGGGCCAAUGCGAUGACUGAAAGUUUGUUGAAAAUUAUACAGUGGGGGACAUGAUCCAGUGGCAAAAAACGUACCAUUUUGUAUCCGGGAAGCAUCAAAAAGGUGGCAAAAUGCUUCCCUCUCCAAGUAAAAAAACCUCAUUUUGAAGUUUCCCUCACAAAAAGAGCGGGCGCGCUUUUGAAAUCGGAGUGUUUUCACUUGGAGAGGGAAGCAUUUUGCCACAUUUUUGAUACUUCCCGGAUGAAAAAUGGUACGUUUUCUGCCACUGGAUCAGGUCCCCCACUGUAGGGCGCAGCUCGAAGAACUUGCACGGGCGCAGCUCGCGUCUUGCGGGCAGCUCGAAAACAAACUAAAAGUUAGCUCCGGCGAGCUGCGAAAGCUUGUUUUCCGAGCUGCUUCCGCGAUGCGAGCUGCGCCCGCGCCGAUUUUCCGAGCUGCGCCCUACCAUUUUCAGCUAACUUUCAGAUAGCGCAUUGGCCCCUGGUCUUAAAAACAGCCAAAAUUGAUAUAAAAAAAAUUUCACAUCAGUCUGUCGGGAAAAUAAUGAGCGCAACGUCGCAAUCGCAUCGCUGAAGCGAAAAGCAGUUUGAUUUGGCCCCGAUACAAUUCAUUUUCUCGGCGGCGAUGCGAUUUUCCCUGCGACAGGCAGCUCAGUAUUUUCCCGACACGCUGAUAAAAGCGCUCCAUUCUACAGAGCGUUAGGUAUUUGCCCAAAAAUUUGCCGAACUUUGGCCAUUAUCGGAACUCCUAUUUUUUGGUUAAACCUCCGCCGUUUCAGGAACGAAAUGCGCCAGGCGGAGAAGGACCGCCGCAACGCCACGAAAAAGGAAUGGCAACAAGUGGCGUUGGUGCUGGACCGCUUCCUGUUCAUCUUCUUCGCCGCCGGCACCGCUCUCACCUCGCUCACAAUCAUAUAUCAACGACAAAUUCGGGGGUUUUUCGGCUUUGACGAUGACUAA